GGCCGAGGCAAAGGAAAUGCACCAAUCAGCUGCUCCCCCGGGCUCACAACUGUCUGCGGCGCCCGGAAAACAAGCCGGUGCGCAGGGGACCUGGGGCAGGGGCCGCCUCGCUCCGGCCUAGCCCCGCGGCCCUCGGUGUGGUCCCUGGCUCCAGCACCGACGCCCCGGCCUCAGGUCUCUUCCCCCGCGCGGGGCCCCGGCCGUGUAGCCGGAGGGAGCGGCCGGAUGGAGCGGAGGAUGAAAGGCGGAUACUUGGACCAGCAAGUGCCCUACACCUUCUGCAGCAAAUCGCCCGGAAAUGGGAGCUUGCGCGAAGCGCUGAUGAUCCCGCAGGGGAAGCUCAUGGACCCGGGCUCCCUGCCGCCUCCCGACUCUGAAGAUCUCUUCCAGGAUCUAAGUCACUUCCAGGAGACAUGGCUUGCUGAAGCUCAGGUUCCAGACAGUGAUGAGCAGUUUGUUCCUGAUUUCCAUUCAGAAAACUUAGCUUUCCAUAGCCCCACCACCAGGAUCAAGAAGGAGCCCCAGAGUCCCUGCACAGAUCCGGGCCUGUCCUGCAGCAGAAAGCCGCCACUUCCCUACCACCAUGGCGAGCAGUGCCUUUAUUCCAGCUCCAGUGCCUAUGACCCCCCCAGACAAGUCACCAUCAAGUCCCCCACUCCUGGUGCCCCUGGACAAUCGCCCCUGCAGCCCUUUCCCAGGGCAGAACAACGGAGUUUCCUGAGAUCCUCUGGCACCUCCCAGCCCCACCCUGGCCAUGGGUACCUCGGGGAGCAUAGCUCCAUCUUCCAGCAGCCCCUGGAUGUGUGCCACUCCUUCACAUCUUCUCAGGGAGGGGGCCGGGAACCCCUCCCAGCCCCCUACCAACACCAGCUAUCGGAGCCCUGCCCACCCUACCCCCAACAGAGCUUCAAGCAGGAAUACCAUGACCCUCUAUAUGAACAGGCGGGCCAGGCCAUAGGCCAGGGUGGGGUCAGUGGGCACAGGUACCCAGGGGCGGGGGUGGUGAUCAAACAGGAGCGGACAGACUUCACCUACGACUCAGAUGUCCCUGGGUGUGCAUCAAUGUACCUCCACACUGAGGGCUUCUCCGCGGCCUCCCCAGGCUAUGGCUAUGAGAAACCUCUGCGACCAUUCCCAGAUGAUGUCUGCGUUGUCCCUGAGAAAUAUGAAGGAGACAUCAAGCAGGAAGGAGUUGGGGCAUUCCGAGAAGGGCCACCCUACCAGCGCCGGGGUGCCCUGCAGCUAUGGCAGUUUCUGGUGGCCCUACUGGAUGACCCAACGAAUGCCCAUUUCAUUGCCUGGACAGGCCGGGGGAUGGAGUUCAAACUAAUUGAACCUGAGGAGGUCGCCAGGCUCUGGGGCAUCCAGAAGAACCGGCCAGCCAUGAAUUACGACAAGCUGAGCCGCUCACUGCGAUACUAUUAUGAGAAAGGCAUCAUGCAGAAGGUGGCUGGUGAGCGAUAUGUAUACAAAUUUGUGUGUGAGCCUGAGGCCCUAUUCUCUCUGGCCUUCCCGGACAAUCAGCGUCCAGCUCUGAAAGCUGAAUUUGACCGGCCAAUCAGUGAAGAGGACACAGUCCCUUUGUCCCACUUGGAUGAGAGCCCUGCCUACCUCCCAGAGCUGGCUGGCCCUGCCCAGCCCUUUGGCCCCAAGGGUGGCUACUCUUACUAGCCACCAACAACUUCUCCCUCCAUCAGGGGUGGGUGCUGCCCUGUGUACAUAUCAAUGAAUUUGGUGAAGGCCUCAUUCUAAAACCCACAGAUGUCUCUGGGGCAGACCCCUGCUAUCCCAUCAGUUGCCCUGUGGCCCAUAGAGUUGCUCACCAGAGUCUUUGGGAAGCAAAAGUGGAAAAAGGGCAAAUCUAAAGGUGGAAUCUCAGAAGCUCCCCACUGGGAGGGGGUCACGUCCAUCCUCAGGAGUUCAGGUCAGCCUCUUCCUAAGUCCUACUUGGAGGCCUAAACCCUGUUUCCCUUCCCUACCAGAGAACAAGUGAUUGUUCUGUUUCAGGGGACAGAGAAGGAACUUCCCAACUUUAUCCUUGCAGGCUAGCCAGGAAGUUCACUUGAGCUCCCCAGUUCUUACAUUGUGGGGAGACAGAAGCCUAGACUCUWCACUGCCCUAAGCUGUGGCCCUGGAGAACUUGGGAUGCCCGUUCUUGGUGCUCUCCUCCCAUAGGCAGGAACCUGGGAUGGGGAUACUGGACAGAGGCAGGGAGGGAUGGGUUCCAAGGGGCUCUUUGCCUCUCCUCUGCCUUUUCCUAGGCCCACCCAGGCUUGGGAUUCCACCUCCACCUCAUCUGCCAGACCUUAAUAAAGGCCCCUACUGUUAGUUCUGCUUGCUCUUUGCUGCCUUGGGCAYGGACCUGGAAGAGAAAGAUCUGGACUUGGGGCAGAU